AUGAGAAGAUUACCUCCUGGUUUAUAUUUUGAGCCAACAGAUGAAGAGCUUGUCUUUCAUUACUUGAAAUCUAAGAUCUUCUCGCGCAAGUUGCCAUCAAUUUCAAUGAUUCUUGACAUAAAUGUCUACCAAAACGACCCUUGGAAUUUGCCAGGAAAUUGUGAUCAGAAAGAUAAGUAUUUUUUCAGCUCCAAUUGUCAAAACCAAACAACCAAGUCUGGAUAUUGGAAAGAAUCAGAAUCAGACAAAAAAGUUCUACCAUCAUUAAGUGAUGGAAUUGAAGGGCUAAGAAAAACAUUGGUAUUUUAUGAAGGGAAAUCUCCAAAUGGAUCUCAAACUGAUUGGAGCAUGUAUCAAUAUCGCCUAGUCAGUUCAGAAACUACUGCUUCCAAUUAUUCAUCUCAGAACAAUGAAGAGGAGAUUGGGGAUUGGGUUCUGUGUCACGUAUUCAAUAAUAAGAAUAGAAGCAUGGAAUGA